GGAUACCAGUGAGUGAGUGGACGCUGUGUCAGGAACAUACGCCAUAAUUACCAGUUUUAUUUAGGUUGUUAACUUUAUUCAGAAAAGUUGUAGAAUGAAUGUGUGUACUGUAUUAUUUCAGUGAAAAGUUUGGUGACGUAUUGUACAAUCUUUUAAGAGACUAAGGGUCCCUCGACGUACGACAAUAAGAUAAAAAGUGAUAUCAAACAGCCAAUACAUUACAUUACCUUGUAGGUACAAUACUUACUACUGACUUAAUGAAACCCUCAUAUCUUUAUACAUUCCCUAAGUGUAUCAACAACAAAUGUUUAUAUAUGAGUCGUUUUCAUACAAGGCGAUUGUUUUAAUCGUACGUCGUGGCAGCAGUGUACAAGGCAGUUAACAGAGGUUUUCUCUUGGGAUUUCCACGCCAAUGAAUUUCAUUUCCUGUCGACCGUAUUUCAAGAUGACCUCUAAGGACAGUGCACAUAACCGGAGAAACAAUGAACUGUGGGUUUAUCAGGAGUACACACCGGUUUAGUUUAUCUGCAAGUUUGUAGUCUCCAGGAGGAUUCUUACAUAUCAUUAAAGCUGUGUUAUUAUGUUGCAACUUAUCGCCGUAAAUACACCAUGGCUUCUUUGAUUCGCAUUGUUAAUAAGCGAAGGUUAAGCAAGGCUUCAACGCAAAAGCUUGAUGAUGGAACCGUGCUAUCAACUUUCUACAAGGACGAAACAUGUGCUUCAAAUACCUCCAAUAACAACUCUGAUGCACCAGGAAAGAAUGUAGAAAAGAACUCGCAACAUUUGCCACAGAAACCUUCAACAGACGGGGAGUGCAAGGAUGUAGCGGAGCCUCUUUUAACUUCACAGGAAGAAUGCACAGUGGUCACAUCACAAUAUAUGGCGACGGGUUUCACACAGCAGUCGACAGCAGAGUCACCACCACAAAAUCCAUCCUCUUCCUCACAGACAUUACUAAAUGAUGUCACUCCCUCGCCAGAAGAAAAAAACACAAUCGCGCAGCCACUGAAUCCCGAUGCUCCACUACAAAAUACAGGGAUUUACACCACAGAAGACCGUUUUGUGUUUCGGUUGUACAAACUCGUCCAGACUGUAGCUGUUUACGUUUUACAGCUUGUGUUUUCCUGGAGCAUACAGGAUAAACCCGUCGAGAUGAGUUUAUGCGAUUAUUUUAUUUCGGUCAAGAAUAUGAGUAAAGUCAAAUUAAGAAGACUUUUCAAGAAAACGCAGAUGGACGCCUUGCAAAAUUCUUCUUCUGAUGAUUCCUUUGACGUGACACUGCUAUUUGCGUGUAUCAUGUGUGUGUACAAAGAGACGGACAGUGUUAUGCAACAUAUCAAGUAUAUCAAAGGUUUUAGGAAUGACCUCGCGCAUUCUAAAAUGAAUAUUGAUCAUUCAACCUUUUUAGACAAAAUUGACAGUUUACGGGACCACUUUACAAGGGCGCUACAAACAGCUGGAGAUAUAAAUUCCAUCCCACAAGAUGUUGUGAGAAAUCAUGUGCAUAAAGUCAAUGAAAAUAUUAAUAAGAUCAUACAAGAACAGAUUGUCCAAUGGGACAUUACAAGCUAUGAAAAUGAACUUUUGUUUGAACAGAAACUAUACAGUCUUUUGACCAUUGGUUCACAGAAUCUAAAAGCCUUGUAUGAACAAUGGGUUUAUCUCACCCCUCUCUCCUUCGUCAGUGGGAACACCCAGCUUCAAACGAGUAUGGUGUUUACUGAACUAGAAAUCGUAGAGACAGGCCCGAGAGGAAAUGGCCUGCUGGUGAAAUACCAAGAUUUCUUCCAUGUCGCCGCGAACUGCCGAUCUUUGGAUAAUAAAGAAAGGCCAGCAAAGGUCAUUCUUGUCGAAGGCCCUGCGGGAUCUGGAAAAACAACUUUGACCAAAGUGAUCAUCGAUAACUGGAUUCAGGGGAGAGAUGCGAUCAAAGGUCUUACAGAGUUCCAGUUGCUGUUUUAUACUGAGUGCAGGAAUCCUUCUAUAAAGAGUUUCUCUCAGCUUUUAACAGUCCUGAUGCCUGACGCUGCGAAAAAAUUCCGAACGGAAGAUCUGGUCAGCUGCGUUCUUGCAUGCAAAAUUCUCGUGAUUGUGGAUGGAGUUGAUGAGAUGACCCCUUCCUCUCGUGUGCUCUUCGAAGAAAUAUUGUCCUUGAUAAACACAGCCGACCUAACAGUUUUUAUUACCACAAGACCGGAGGCUGUCGAUGAUUUCUCCAAGAUGGUACCUCUUGAUAUAAAGACAAUGCACAUCAAGAUUAAAGGGAUCCCUGAAGGUAAGCGAGAGGAAUUUGCCUUGAAGUACCAUUCCGAGAUGGAAAGGACUGGCCAAGGCUCGCGGGACACAUCAGGACUUGUGAAAUAUUUGAGGAAAACGGGCGUGCAUCUGAAAGAUCAUUGGCGUCUUCCGCUACACUUAGCGAUGGCGGUCAUUCUAUGGGUGAUCUGCCCAGAUGCCAUCAACGGCGUAACAACAGCAACGGAGUUGUUCAUAGAAACUGAAAAUCUUCGGGAUGAAAAACUGUGCGAGAGAGUGAAGAAACAUGAGCAAUGCAAGUGCCUUCCUGUCAAGGAAAUCAAAGAGAAGAUCGAGAUUUUCCGAUUGAGUCUCUAUAAAAUCGCCUUAUACGGGCAAAGGGAAAAUGACAUAAUCUUGACCAAUGACUCACUGGAGAUUUUCGAAAAGCUCUGCAGGUUCCUCAAUUUGCCCGAAUCUGAAGUGAUGGGAGCGUUCUUCGUGAAGAAAAUCACUUGGAGUGGUACAGGCAUGCAAACGCAGUGCAGUUUCGCCCAUAAAGGAACCCAAGACUUUUAUUCCGCAAUGCAUGUUGUAAACGUCCUUCACGGAAAAGAAUACCCGGAGGGCUUAGAACACAUGCAGACUUGUUUGGAAACGUCUUGGCAGAAAAUACUGACGUUGAAGAAGAAAACCAUCUUGAAUAUACUGAAAGAUGUCUACAGAUCAAACCCAGAGGACUUCAAUCUCAAGAAGUUCCAGAAUGUCCUAGUGCACCUCACUGGCCUCGUGGGGAACGGAGGAGAAAUCUGCCGCAAGGAAAUCUUGUCAGAAAUGGUGAAAUUGCUAAGGAGAUCAGGCAUCGAUGACGAGCAGGCAUGGCUAGACAUCCUCAGUGACAUCAAGAUCAACGACGCCAUCAACAAGGAAGUCUCUAAGUACAUACCUGACAUCAUGAACCUCAACGGUCACAUAGAAAUAACGGAUUCUCGCGUUGCCACCUACGCCAAGAUGAUUCUUCAUGCUAAACCCACCCGCGUGACGAUAUGCAUCGAUAACGAUCCAGAACAGGUUCCAUGUUUGCAGGAUUUGAUGGAAGCUUUGUACUACAUGACGUGUGAGACGGAGUUGUUCUUUUACCAUGAUUUCCUCCAGCCUAAUUCUGACACCCUUGGCGUUGACAGUCCACUGCCGCAACUCUUCAAAGUAUCCCGCGUAACCAAGUUCAUGGGCCACAUCGACCAGGCACUCCUGAGGAAACUUCCCGACGACCUCCGAAUGGUGUGCGUUGUGGCCGUGGACGAGAGGCACUGCCAGAUGCUCCUGUCUCGGGUCACGUCCUUGCCGAAGUUGGAGUGGGUUUGGCUUCACGUGAGAGCAGACCUGGAGGCCAAGUUCUACCAGCCUCUCAUGGGCAUCAACUACGUCAUUUAUAACAGCAACUACAGCAGACUCCAAGUUAAGAAGUUAACCGCAAGCCCGUUGGCGAUAGAACGCCUGGAGAAAUUGAUUGAGCUCAUAGACGGCCGGUAUGGGCAAGAAUCGAGGAAGGCUUUCAGAUGUGACGUGGAAAUGCACUUGGUAUGGGAUUUCCACCAACCUGGGGCAUAUUACAAGGAAAUUGAUCGGGCCAUCCAGCGUUUGUUCCUGCGGUCUAAAGUCACAGUAUUCAAAGGAUGUCUAGGAAGUGAUUCAUUGGCAAGCCUUCCCAGCACAGUACGAAAUCUAAAGAUAUCAGUAGUUGAUGACAGUCACUAUAAGUCUAUUGAGCCACCUCUCUCAGAGUUGCUGAAGACACAUCUAAAUUUACAGCGAAUACAGAUUCACAUUGGUCAUGAUGUAAAUCCAUCGGUUCUCCGUCCAUUUUGCAAAACAGAUGUUUGGAUAACACUCUUCUUUAACAAGCUACAGGACGAAAAUGUGAGCUGGGCAUGUAAAAUCAUUAAGGCUCUGCAACCAGACUUGUGGUUUGCAAGCCUAGUAUUCCCACAAAUGAAUGUAAGUAUGGAAGGUUACACCCAUCUGCUCCAGACACUUGCUGAAUCAGGAGUGAGAGUUCUACGUGGUGGAGGAAUUCUUGUGUCAUCGAGUUGGGCCACGCCUGAACUACGGCAAAACCUAGAGACCCUGACGAGGAAGUACCUGCAAUGUUCUUUCUUUGUAGUGGAUGACAGUGAUUUGUGGUGAAAAGGGUCUUUGGAUCUUUACCCAAGAGGCUCUCCGUUGUGAAGGAAUUAGCACUGGUUUUGACGUCAGUUGCAUGAACUUCUCCUCAAAGAAAAAACAAAAGUUGUAUCUAGUGCAUUAUUUCUUUUCAAAAUAUUGCUUUAUAUAUACUGAUGUAAAAUAUUAUUUAAAUGAUACGUCUUUCUUUUUUUGUAUUACUCUGUUAUUUGAACAUUUUGAAAUUUAUCACAGCACUUCAUGCUGUUAGCUACUUAUAUAUGAUUGCAAGAAUAAUUUUGUUAUCGACCUUUGUGUAUAAUACUUGCAGAUGUGUUUGGAAGCCUUUCUUCCUUUAUUCAGAAAUCAUUUGUUGUGUUGUAAUGUUGUUGAAGUACCUGAUUUAUUUACAGCAUUUGCUUGCAACAAAGAAGUCUUCAAUUUGUUUUAUACAUUGUUACUUUAUUUUCUUUACUGUACUUAUUGUAAUGUUAUUUUACUUAAUGUUUUCAUUCAUGUAUUGACAGCUAUUUUAAUUAUUGAUUUAUGCAUACAGAAUGAAAGAUGGUAAUGAACCAAUAACAUAACCAGUACUUACUAAUUAUGGUACAGAAGUAGCAUAAUAAAUAUACAAUGUUGCACUGUAGAGUGCAUUUCUGAUCAAAGUAUUCUUUUAUAUAAUGACUAUUUUUGAUAUCUUGAAAAUCAGCCUUAAAUAACUGUAUACAAAGAUUUAUAUGAUUAUUCUUUUAUGUAAUGGAUAUUUUUGAUAUCUUGAAAAUCAGCCUUAAUCAAGUGUAUGCAAAGAUUCAUAAGUUAAAAUUAUAUUUCAUUUUUAUGAAUCAAUAUAUUUGUACUGAGUAAUAGAUGUUCAAAGAUUUUUAAAUGAAGAUAUGAAGUAUGUGAUGUGGUGUCGCUAGGUUCUGUGAUGCACAAUAAGGUUUCCAAAGAAAGAGUCUACUGAUUAUAUUUUUGUUAAUUGUCUGAAUAAAGUUUCUGUGCAAUUUCAUAAUA